GACCUGCUCUGUGCCCCUCCCCCUGCCAGGAGCUGCGGUGGAAGUGUCACAAUCCUGGGGCGGGGGUCGAAUCUGCCCCCACCCCCGCGCGCGGUACAGGACAUUAUUUUAAAGACCAUGUCUGGAAGUUUCUACUUUGUAAUAGUUGGUCAUCAUGAUAAUCCAGUAUUUGAAAUGGAAUUUCUACCUUCUGGAAAAGUGGAGUCCAAGGAUGAUCAUCGUCAUCUCAACCAGUUCAUAGCUCAUGCUGCUCUUGACCUAGUAGACGAGAACAUGUGGCUGUCUAACAACAUGUACCUGAAGACAGUGGACAAAUUUAAUGAAUGGUUUGUUUCUGCUUUUGUCACUGCAGGACAUAUGAGAUUUAUUAUGCUUCAUGAUGUAAGACAAGAAGAUGGAAUUAAAAACUUCUUUAGUGAUGUCUAUGACUUGUAUAUAAAGUUUGCAAUGAAUCCAUUCUAUGAACCCAAUUCUCCUGUUCGAUCGAGUGCAUUUGACAGAAAAGUGCAAUUUCUUGGGAAAAAACAUCUUUUAAGCUGAAUACUUUUAAAUAGACUUUAUUGUACCUUCAUGAAUAUCUGAACUGUAAUUAACUUAAAUAACCUGGUAAGUUUUCAGCAUGUUUGACAUCUUUUUGGAGACUUAAGACAAAUCAGAUGCCCCAUAAUUUUUUUCCAGUGACAACUAAAAACCAGUUGAGCUUUUGGGGUUAUGAGAAAUACUAUAAAAAUCCUUCCAGGUGCCAUGUGUUAAAGUGUUUAAACAAACAAGUCAGUAUAAACAGUGGUAGUAAAUCAAUUGCUGUAUUCCAAAGUUAGAGGCAUCAGUAUAUCAUGGUUGCCUUAUCACUUCAGAGAUGAAAAGCAGAUCUCUUCUGUUUAUGUAGCCUGUUGGAAAGAAAUCCGAUCUAAAUGCAAAAAAGCUUGUGGGGGUGGGGGGUAUAUUUCACAAUUAUAUGACUUAGCACAAAGAAGAGGGAAGUUCUUAAUUGUUAGAUCUAAAGGGAGAAAUAUUGGUUAAUUUAGGAAGAUUAAAGCUUGCUAUGUUUGUCACAGUCCUUAAAUAGGAAACUCUUGCAAAGCACAAUACCAGACUAAUUCCCCCCUCCCCCUGUCAUGUGAGCCACAGAGCUGCAUCCCAGAAUGCUGUGGUUAAAGAAACAUCUGGGGCUAGUACUUAAGACCUUGCAAUACUAUUUUCCAGUAAGUCAGCAACUCUCAAUCUGCUUUUUUUUUAAUAAGAUCAAAACUGCUGAACAAUGUACUGCAUGGUUGAUGCAAGGAACCUAUACCUGCACAUUGGGCCAAUGAAGGAAUAAAGAAAAUAUAUCAAAAGAUUUACAGACAUUCUUCCCUAACUUAAGCUGUUUCUUUUCAGGACAGUGCUUAAUCAUAUAUCUAAGUUCUAUUGAAGUAAAUAGAAGUUGAGUGUUGAAGCGCCCUCCUGAAUAGGGAACUUGAACUAUUUUUUGAGGUUGUCUAGGGUGCAAGGCAGAGUUUGGACCAUUCUGUUUACUAUUCAGCACUACAAAAUAUAGUAACUUUUGCAAGCA